GAGAAAGGUAACCACAGGAUCUGUUGUUUUUCUAUUACACUUUUAAUAAGUUUUGCCAUUGUACUCUGAAACAUGAGAGCAAGCCACCUGCUCUGCUACCUGACCUGGGGCCCCGUGGCAAAACGAAAGAGAGCCUCAGUAGCAACUCGAGCUUUUUGUCAGGAGGCCGGAAAUACUGCUGGGAGCUCCAGGACAAAUCCUGAGGGCUGUUUUUUAACCAGCACAACUGAGCCACAGGCAUGAGAGGGGAAGGAAUUAACUGAAAAACAUCAAGAUUCACUGAAGUGUGUCCAGGAGAACCAUCACCAUUAAACAUCUACCAAGGACUGUUUUUGUCUUUGCGCAGCAGCUACUAACACUCUGGAGGCUGACUGCCUCACGGGGUAGGAAUUUGGGUAAACACAGAGGAUUCACAGGAAGGUUUUGCUUUUCUCCUUGAGCCCCAAUCAUUGGAAGAAGGGAUUCUAUGGGGACCUAAGGGGCAACCACAGAGCACUCAUUACCUGAGGAUCCUUUUUUGCUCAAAACUGAGAGCAGAUCAGCUCACGCCGGCCUCUGCUGAUAUCAGAGUGAUUACAAAGAGAGGAACAGAGACUGAUGACUCAGCCUUGGUCUGUCAGAAACACCAUCAAAAUAAAAUGAACAGAGAAGCGGGGAAAAGGGACCUGCAAUUGCACUGCUGCUUAUAGCUUUCGCCCCUUAAGAAGGACAUCCACGCCUCACUGCAAAGGGAUGUCCGAACACGGGAUGUUUGGUGGGGGCGACAGUUAAAAGAGACUGUCCCUCAUCUUUUAAUAGCACCAUCCACCUACAUUCAGGCUGAGGAUAAUCAUCCUUUGCCGGGAUUUCCAAACAGUGUCCAAGAUGGUAUAGAAAAAAUAAUCUACGGACAGCAUUCUCCUCCUCCCCAAAGAAACUCCUGCCAUCAAUCUCAUGCAAAGCUUUAUAUCUAUCUGGUGAGACAUUGCCUGCAAAGAUAUUAAAUCAGAACGAAAAUCCUACGGACCGCAUCCAUACUGGCAACCAAAGACUUUCUGAAAUGUGUGUAUGCAGACUGGAUCCUGCCAUCUUUAUGUCAAACGAAUUCAGGCUGGCCCACUCACCAAAUGAUGACUUGGCAGGAAAAGUGCAAGAAAACAGAGAAGUACAGCUUGUUCAACACAAACUGAGCUACAGAGAAAGAAGUGUCUCCUUAAUGAAGUUGUUUUCCUCAAAGACCACCUACAAGUCAUGCAUUCAUCAUGAGGUACCUCUGAGGUCCGUCAGCUCUGUAAUGUUCUGGGACAAGUCGCUUUGCAUUUCUCUCACAGAGUUAGAAGGAAGACGAGGAGUUCAGCCUCCCGUGCAGAGGUCGGCUCUUUCCAUUCGCUUUGGUGUCUCAGCUCGCCUCAGAUCCACCGCGCUUAAGAAACCAAACAAUGCUUCCAGAAGCUGGAGCAGUGAAAAAAGGUGCAGCCUGGGUCACUACAGAGGCUCUUUAUCAGCGCUCUGUGACCACAAGGAGGAAAGAGCAUUCAUUUACGGUGUUAAGAUUAAAGCUGAUGACUCAGACACACAGAGUCUAAGCUCUUCUUCUGGAUUAUUGUCAUUCCAAGGACCAAACACUUCACGCACAAAGGCUAGAAGGGAGAAGAGGAAUGCAGAUGAGCCAGUCUCCACUCCACUGCGCAAUUUCAGGCCCAGACUGCACUCUUUUAAUGCUGGACCAGGAGCUGCUGAAGAGUCACAAACACGGAGCAAGGACGCAAGAAGCAUCAAGACAGAUGGAGAACAAGGAGAUGGCAGUUCCACAAAGCCUCAGACAGCUUCCUCUCUGGAUGUAGCUUGUCAUUACUUUCCCCAGCUGAAAAAUGACUCUGUGGAAGCUAUUCCCGAGACUCUCAGCCUCAAAGAGGCUUUAGAGCUCUUCAGGCCAGACUUCAUCAGUCGAUCUCAGGGUCGGGUGAGGGAGCUGAUGCAGAGGGCUCAAAGAAGGAAGGCACUGCAGAAGUCGAACCCAGACCUGCUUCAAGGCUUUAGGGAAGAUCGAGGCACACAAAAGCGGAACUGCACCACACCAGAUCCCCUCAGCGAUAACCUUUUCAAGCCAAAAGAGAGGUCUAUAUCAGGCAGAGAGAUGCAGCUGAGGUCCAGACGGAUUUACAACAAGCUGCCAGAAGUGGCAAAGAAGAAAGAGGAAGAAAAAAAGAGGGCAGAAUCACAAACCAACAGAUUGCGAGCGGAAGUCUUCAAAAAGAAACUUCUGGACCAAAUAUUACAAAGAUGAGAAACCAACAGAGGAAUUGAGAUAAAACAUAAAAAUGGCCAUUUUUGUUUCAUUUAAUUUUAUCAUAAAACAUAAUUCAAAUUCACUGGGUUUUGCAUUCAACCAAAUAUUCACUUAAAUUUGAUUUUUUUUUUUACUAUUAACUGUUUUAAACACUAGAAAAAUCAUUUUUUAUCCUGAGUUUGAACCAUUUUGAGCGUUUUACAAUGACGACAAAUAUGCCUUUUCACAAAAGAAAAUAGCAGUAAAAAUUAAGCCAAUAGUGGACUGCGAUCCUACUGUAAAAUGAUGUAUAUUAAUACUGAGUUUGGUGUUAUAGUAAAUAGUUGAUCAAGUCUGUGCUAUCUAUGAAAAUAAAAGAAUGUUUGAGUUA